UGGGAAGGCAUAUGACAAGAGCUAUGACAAGGCUUCAGACAUAUGGUGCUUCUGUCCGCUGGGCCUCCGGUAUCCAAGUUGUUUCAAGAUAAACACAUCCGAAUCCGUCUGAUCAAGAACUCCCGGUCCGGUCCCACACCGCUCACUGUGUGAUUAUCACCACCUUACGCCGUCGGAAUGUCUUUCGCCCGGUUACAGUCGCUCAUCGGCCGACGCCAGGCAUAUCUCGAAUUUCGAUGGAUGAAACAAGAAUCUGUGCGGGCAGGAACCUCAUUGGAUGACAUGAUGCAUCGUAGACUCGAGGGCGAACCGUUGCAAUAUAUUCUGGGAAACCAGCCAUUUGGGCCUCUCAGCCUCAUUGUGCGGCCGCCUGUACUGAUACCUCGGCCUGAAACGGAGGACUGGUCUUUGCGGCUCGCUGAGCUUUUUGCAACCUCUCCCAAACGACAAGUGCGCAUGCUGGACCUCGGGACUGGCUCUGGUUGCAUACCUCUGCUUCUCUGCCGAAUGCUCCCGGCGGGGACUCUUUCAGCUCUUGGAGUGGACAGGUCCCCAGAAAGCAUUGAACUUGCGAAAGAGAACGCAAGCGUUUGCGGAUAUGCACCUUCGCCGUCUUCAGAACCUCAAAACACGUUUCAAACCGCACUGGACUCUUUCUUAGAUCCCCAUUUCCCCACAUUUGCCCAUUCUGUCAGUGCACCCUUCGAUCUUGUGACCUCCAAUCCUCCCUAUAUCUCCUGGAAGGAAUACAUCGAGCUCUCUCCGUCUGUCACACGAUACGAAGACUCGAGAGCACUUUUCGGAGGGCCGGACGGACUUGAUUUCUAUCGUGCCAUUACACUGCUAGUGUCUAGGAAAGGAUUUCUAAAUGCAGGGGCUACCGUCGCCCUCGAAGUGGGUCACGAACAAGCGGAGGACGUCCAAGAAAUGUUGAGAGGUGUUGUCAGAGGGAAAUCCGAGAUUUGGCUGGAUCCGUGGAACAAGAAACGAACGGUGGUGAUGCGAGAAAUUCUUCCAUAAUGAUGAUCGGACCCCUGGCGCACUUAUAAGUACAGGGUAGUGUCGACCCCUAUUCAACCCUUCUUACACCAUGGCCCCCGUCUCUCGACCUCGCAGUCAGUCAUACCCGCUCGCCAGGAGGCCUGACAGUCACUCACACGUUGGGCAGCCCCCGGCUGAACGAAUGCCGCGGGACAUCUGGGAAGAAAUCUUCGUCCGAACUCUUCCCCAAUGUCCAGAUGCCCAGUCUGUCUUUUCCUGUCGUUCAUCAGAGGUCGCAUCAUAUUUAUCUGCUCCCCUCGUGCUUCUUCGAGUGUGCCGGUCAUGGCGCACGACAGCCUUGACCCUUCCGCAUCUCUGGACUCGUUUGUUCCUCGUUGUCAACGACGGGCGAAUCUCUCCCCCUCUCCCAGUCGCGCGCAGGUGGCUGCGAAGGUCCGGUGCGCUGCCCUUGACGCUUUCGCUCUGGCAAACAAGCGAAGCACACGGAAACCAAGAGGUGACUGAUGAUGCCCUGGGCCUGUUUCUCUCCUACAUUGACCGUUGGAUGGAUAUACGACUGGACAUCGCCAAUCCGACGUACGGACGCUCACUUCGUCCUUCCGCCGAUCUCCAGGCACCGCUACUCGAGUCAUUUAAUCUGACGACCUGUAUGCGAUUCUCUCCGAACGAAGAGAUGAUGCAAGAUCUUCUCAGGAUGCUUGAAGCAGCUCCCAGGCUUCUGAGCUUCUCCGUCUCACGUCUGAGUGAUCUGGAGGUCACCCCGUCCACCACACUAGCCAUUCCGUGGUCACAACUGAUCCGGCUGGACCUGGGCUUCAUCCCCAGUGUCAAGACUUGUUUGGACAUCAUGCGCGGGUGCCCAAAUCUCCAACGGUGCAAUCUCAACAUCGAUCCGCAUGAGGGCGCCUUUCCACCGUCCUCCAUCGUCCUCACUUCGCUUACGUCCCUCGAAUUGCAUAUCUCUGCCGAUGAGAUGGCCACUUUUCUUGAUCGCGCCGACUUUCCUGCUCUACGGGAUCUUGCCCUCUAUCAACAUGACAGCUUCGACCGGCCAGCGCCAUGGCCUCAAAAGUCCUUCAUCGACUUUCUGACUCGAUCCAAAUGCACAUUGGCGAGCCUGGAGUUGCACGACACCAGUCUCUCUGCCAACGAAUUUAUCGACUGCGCUCAGCAUCGGAGCAUCCGUCUAUUGUCCACUUUGGUCAUCCACGACAGUCGGGAUUGGACUUGGCCUCCAGUGAUCACUUCCCGAGUCCUGGAGCUCUUGACUGCCGGUCCGGGCGAGCCGCUCUUGCCCGCCCUCGAAAAUCUGGACCUCGGCAGAGGAUGCUGGACUGGCAUGAACGAUAUGCUCUCGGAUAUGCUGGAAUCUCGAUGGCACAUAUCGGCCAAAGGCAACAUCGCUCGUCUCAAGCAUGUCAAUAUCGACCUCUAUCUGCUCGAUGCCACUGCAGUCGACAAGAGCCGGCUGCAGCAUCUGAGAAACGAAGGCAUGAAGGUCCGACUACACUACUAUCACGAUUGAAGCAUUCGCCUACUUACUCAUAAUCUAUCAUCCCUCCAGCUCACGGGCGACUAGUUCGAUGCCUAAUGCUCGACACGUACUGAUUUACUAAUUGAUCGCGAUAUGACAUGAUCGCUGCUGACGUUUCGCCCACGCACCGCUUGUGUGCUCCUUGUCACUAGCAUUUGUCUGGAAUCCGGGACAGAAUGAACGAACGAUGACACACUACAGCGCGUGGACGUCGUGCGCUAUCUCAUAUCAACCUUUCCGUGCAACCGCCAAAUGACACGGUGGCGAUUGACCGCCACGCACCAAGCACGAUGCAUUUUUGGUUGGCCCAGGCGGAUGAUACGAGCUGGCCGUAUCAAGCUAUAGAUAGAUCCUGCUCGCGGUUCUCAUUUCGCGUCGUCCAAUUACGGAAGGCCCUUUCUCCGUCCUCCGCUUAUCAUCAGGAUCUCUUGCAGUCGAAAGCCAAAUUGGGGGGGACGCGACCGAGCGCGAUCCCUUCCAUAUCGCUUAUCCGGAAGCACGUGAUCGAGCGACAAUAAUUUAAGCGAGGCCUGGGGAGUCCAUUGCAUCCCCUUUCGUCCUCCCCAUCGAUGACUGCCCGCGCUAUACCACUAGAAUCCUUCACGGAGGAGUUAGGCCAGUGCACUGAACUGUCUAGUGUGGCUCUCGGAGGUCGUGUGCUCUCCGUUUCGGACGAUUUCUUCGCAGAAGCCUUCCAUCUUCUGCUGGUAGAGGCUGCCCCCAGCUUGAAAGGUCAAUUUGGCCCCAAAGGCGCGCUGUUCAGCGGAUGGGAAAGCAGAAGACACAAUCCGACAUAUGACUGGUGCAUCAUCGAACUUGGUACCACCGGCUCCAUUCUGGGAUUCGAUGUCGAUACCACUCACUUCGAUGGCAACGAGGCUCCCGCCGUCUCUGUCGAUAUCUUGUCAGGGCUGCCCGGUGAAGAGCCAGGGAAGGAUGACGCUCGAUGGACGGAAGCAUUGCCAAAGGUCUCUCUGGGUCCAAACGCACGCCAUCUAUUCCAAAUCCAGGAAACCGGCUGCGUUAACUUUGUCAAGUUGAACAUGUAUCCGGAUGGGGGCAUUGCCAGGUUCCGGGUAUACGGACGCGUGGCAGCUGUUCAUCCGCAAGAUCUUGGAGAGCCCUUCGACCUGGCACAUGUUUUCGCGGGUGGCCGAGUUCAAUUCACGUCAGACCAGCACUUCGGCGUCGGCUCAAACCUCAUUCUUCCGGGUCGUGGAAAGGAUAUGGGCGAUGGAUGGGAGACCAAAAGGAGUAGGGAGCCAGGUCACAAGGAUUGGGCCAUCAUAAAACUGGGAGCUCCUGGUCUUCUGCAACACGUCGAAAUCGAUACUGCUCAUUUCAAAGGCAAUUUCCCCGAGAGCUGCGAGAUCCAUGCCAUAGAAGCGAGUGACACUGUCGACUGGACGGUCGACCGCGGUCAAGGAGACGGCUGGAUUCUCGUCCUUCCGCGCACAAAACUCGGUCCGCAUAGACAGCACUUCUUGCAGCUGGAGAACACAGAGAACAAGCUGUUUACCCAUGUCAGAGUUACCAUUCAUCCCGAUGGUGGGAUCAAGCGAAUCCGAGUUAUCGGUUCGCGGCAGAGCACAGGCCCGUUAAUUGCGUCGGAAACUGCCACCGUGCAGUCCUCGGUCCCCGAAUCGAACGACAUCGUUCCUCUCUCCUCAUCAUCAAGGGCGGCUAUCCCUGUCCUUCCAUUGACACCUGAAGCUUUCGCUCCCUUCGGCCAGGUUAUCCAAGCGUACGGUGAUCACUCUGCAGCACCAAAAGGCACCAAGAUCACACCAGCGAACCAAGGAUCGGCCAGCAAGUUCCACAAGCUAUCGUUGUUGGAUAGUUCAUAUCCCGCAGGCUCGGCUGCUACCGCUGGAUUAUCGGUGUACCGAUGCAGUCCGCUGGCUCAGAUCGAGCCCAAUGGUACUACAAAAGUAGCCGUCCUGGAACGCCACCCGUUCACGAAUCAGGGUUUUAUCCCCAUGGGAAGAGGGGAUGGAGAGGGUAUCAACGACCCGGGCUCUUCGUACCUCGUCGUCGUCGCAAAGACGGGAGCUGACGACCGUCCGGCCAUGUCCACUCUGAGAGCAUUCGUAGCAUCAGCUGCACAGGGAAUCGUGUACAACACCGCGGUUUGGCAUCAACCCAUGACAGUUCUUGGGAAGAUGAUGGAUUUCACGUGUGUGGAGACGCAGAUUGGGGAUGGAAGCGUGGCCGACUGCGAAAUUUUCGACCUGCCGGGCGAACAGAUUGUGACAUUAGAUCUAAAGCGGGCGUUGAUAUGGUAGGCAGUGUAACCCUCCAGACAAUGUGCUUAGAUGGAUGUAUGUAUGAGGUCCAAGACAAGUCAUGUGUGCGAGUGGUGGUCGUUGUUUAUUUGCGUCAACUUUGGCCUUGACCAUCAUCCAUAUCUUCCAUCGCUCUCCCUCCUCCUCAAUGGAGUCCAAAAAGCGGCCUCACGCAGAAGAGGUCAGCUCCGCGGUCUCCAAAAAACGAGUUCUCUCCACUUCCAAUGGAGUCCCCUACGUGAACGGAGUCAACCAUGAUCAUGGAGAGCCGGAUGUGGACAACCUUGAGCUCUUUCGAAAGGAAGCUAUCUACAGGCGAAUGAAGCACUACUCGCGCGAGCACGAGCGUGGCCAGAUCCGAAUUGCCGAGCUCGAACGUCGCAAGAACGCUUGUGAGGCGGGUCUAGCAGCGAUGUCUGCAUGCUGGAGCCAACUCGUACAGGCCAUCCGCCUGGUCGCUCAGCCAGAUGACUUACCCCCAGCAGCCCCCCAUGUGCGAGACUUAUUCGACAUGUCGUCGCGUUUAUCAUACGAGGACGCGCCUGACCUAGUCUCCGCCUUGGAAGACAACAUGAACGCUACCCGUACGCUCGUCUCAAGAUUUGUCAGCUUGGGUAGUCAGGUUCAGGGUGGGCAAGAUGUUUACGAGAAGUGCCAGAAAGCUCAGACCGAGUGCUUUGCGCUACGUUCCGAAAUUCAGAUCAUACGCGAGAAAUGGCAAGACGCGGAGUCGAAGGCUCACAGCUAUCAUGAACAGCUACUUGCCGCGGAGAACUCAAUUGAACGGCGUCAAAGCAAAACUAUCAGGCCGACGCAGGCAUCCAAGAAAGCAGAUUGCGAGUCGCCGGAGGAGAUUAAGGAGGAGCAGAAGGAAAAGCCGUCCUCUCCAGUUUUGCCACCGCCUUUACACAUCAAUGGCUCCUCCGACAUGGAUGUUGAAGCUCAGUCUCAUCUGACGAAUAUACGAGACACGGAAAUCGAACAACUUCGAAAUCAAGUCGCGGAGCUUACUUCUGCCAGACUCGACCUGUUCAUGAAUACCCGGUCACCCCCAUUAGACCUCGUAGCGAAAUCGCCGCACUAUAGAGUGCUUCUUGAACACUCUGCAUUUCUUACGCACAGUCUUUCGGAGACACAGGCCGAAAACACUCGCCUGGCGGAAGAACUGCAGACCGCGCUCGAUUCAAGGAAACAGUGGCAGGACAGUGUUGAGAUGACGGCUAAUCAAACCAACCAAGACCUCAAGUCGUUAAUACUGAAACGCGACAACGAAAAUGCGCGCCUACGUGAUCAACGGGAUCAGUACUACGCUGAGUUGAAUGAGCGGAGAGCCAAGGAUGGUGUCAAGACUGCAUCUCUGAAAGAGCUUCAGGCCCUCUGUGAAGCCAGAGCCGAUCGAAAUGCGAUGCUUGAAUCCCAAUUGUCUCGUCACAAAGCUCAACUCGCUGCCACUGCCAGGAACGAGGACUUGAUGCAUUUUCUCCUCGGAGACCAAUCCAAUGAACAGUCGUAUAUCGAUGACCUGAAGAAGCGUGUCACAGCGGCGGAGCAUCGCACCGCGGCCGUAAAUCAGACGCUUUCUAUCUUUCAGGACGACCAUCCGAAUGUUGUACAACACAUGCAAGCCGAAGCAAACGCGCUCCAGGAACUGGCGACUGUCAAUGCAUCAUUGGACAGAUAUGAGCGGAUUCUUGGUGACCCUAAGUCAUGUGACCUAUGGAAGAGGUUAGAGUUACAAGACGAAGAGUUACAACGGUUGCAACUGGUUAAUGCUCAAUUGAGCAAGGACAAGGAGGCCACCUACAAUGAAAUGAUUCAGCUGGGCUCUGCUUGGGAAGCUCUCGACCGUCAACUGAGAAGUAAGGUGUUCGACUUGAGAGAAAUGGAAGAGCGACUCUCCAAAGUGACCCUCGAGAAAGCUAAAUCCGACAACAAAUUCUAUGCUUCGAUGCGAGACAAGGAGUCAAUUGAUCUAGAGAGGAAGACAUUGCUGCGGAAUCAGGAGAAGCACGGGAAGACUAUCGAGCGAUACAUGGAAUCGGAGCGCAACCUUGCUGCACAAGUGAUGAGUCUUGAAAGAGACCUUGCCACUACUCGAAAGCUAUACGAAGGCCGAUUCACCGAUCUUUCUGUACUUCGCGGCGAGAUUCGUGAGGCUCAACUCCAGCAAUUAGACAACACUCAAAAGUACACCGAGUGUCGAACUCUCAUGACUGAGCAAGAACGUGAACUCCUUCAGCGACACUCCGAAAUCCAGAGGCUUACUGAAGAACUCGCUAUGUCGAAGAAGCAAAUCGACCGUCACCUCAUCAAGUUGAAAGAAAGAAGCGCGGGGACGAGUUCGUCUAGGGAGGGUGAGCUGGAGGAAGAGCUGGAUAGGACUUUGGUCCAGAAAGCGUUUAAAUGCACUGCAUGCAAAGGCGCCCAGUUUCGGGAUACGGUUAUCACCAAGUGUUGGCACACAUUUUGCAGGUCUUGUGUGGAUGCCCGGUUGUCAACGAGACAACGCAAAUGUCCAUCGUGUAAUGAUCCGUUUGGAGCUGCCAAUGUGCAACAGAUUUUCUUACAGUGAGCCCCGAGGCGGCAGGCUCUUAAUCUUAUAUACAUCCCCCCUUCGUUAUCAAUUUGUAUUCUAUUCAUUUCAGCAGCCAGAGCGCAUGCUACAGCAG